AUGCCAGUUACUAUCGAUACUAGAAUCCCCGCAACUAGCACAUUCUAUACAGUGCCUAAACUCGGUAAGGCCUCGAUAAAGAGCAACGGCCCUGACCUUUCAGAUCUAGUAAUCCCACCGCUGCGGUUCUCGGUCGUGGAGAAUAAGCUCUACCGUGGAUCUUACCCGCGCCAUCUCAACUUUAGGUUUCUGGAGUCACUGAACCUGAAGACAAUACUGUCUGUCACUCCGGAACCAUUAGUGGGGGAGGCUGCGGAUUGGUGCAAAGCAAAUGGUGUGGUAAUGCUGCAUAUCAAACCUGAAGUGGACGGGAAGAAGGGCGCGCCGUUGAGGCAUACUGAGGCCUGUCAGAUCUUAUCUGUGGUCCUUGAGGCUAAAAAUUCACCGCUUUACGUUCAUUGCCUUAAUGGGUCCGAGAUUACGGGACUUGCAAUGACAGCUCUACGGAAGGUGCAGUGUUGGGCGACCCCGUCAAUCAUCUCGGAGCGCAUGAGGUACUCGGAAACCCAUCAUUCGUUUGAUCGCUUCUUGGAAGAGUUCUCGGGAGAGGUUACAAUUCCGAGGGAAUGUGUGGAGUGGUUAUGGGCAGGGCUGAGGGAUGAUGACGGACUUCCGCCGCUAGGUUGUGGGGUCACAAUUAAUUUUAUAGAUGAGAGGUUGGGGGAGAAACAUAGAGCGAGGAUCGAGAAGGCUAUCAGUUCACGAUAA